UAAAGUCCGAGCCGCUAAGCCUACUUAAUAACGUGUCUUUGUAAUUGAACUCGUACUUGGGCUUGUUUUGGAAUUAUGUAAUGCUUAAUUAAUGAAUUUCCUCCUUCCUCUUUUAGUUGCCUCGAAAGAAAUGUACAAAGCUGAUUAAAAGUUCAAUGCAAUAUGGAUGUAAAUAUUGGUGAGGUAGCUGCCUCACGAGUCUACGUGACCCGGUUCAUAAAACAUUGAAAGUUUCAACAGAUCAUGGAGGAGAUUGUAGCAGAUGUGGAUGGUAUAAGGUUUGAUAUUGAAAAUGCCCUGGAACAGCAGCUUGGAGCUCUCCCAUUACCUUUUCCAGGAAUGGACAAGUCAGGAGCAGCUGUUUGUGAAUAUUUUACAAGAGGAUUGUGUAGCAAAGCAGGGGCAUGUCCUUUCCGUCAUGUUCGUGGUGAUAGAACAGUUGUUUGUAAGCACUGGCUCAGGGGACUUUGUAAGAAGGGUGAUCAGUGUGAAUUUUUGCAUGAGUUUGAUAUGACAAAAAUGCCAGAAUGUUAUUUUUAUUCCAGAUUUAAUGCUUGCAGUAACAAAGAAUGUCCAUUCUUGCAUAUUGAUCCUGAAGCUAAGAUCAAAGAUUGUCCGUGGUAUGACAGAGGGUUUUGCCGGCAUGGACCGAACUGUCGACAUCGCCACACGAGAAGGGUAAUAUGUAUCAACUAUCUUUGUGGAUUCUGUCCUGAAGGAUCAAACUGUAAAUACAUGCAUCCCAAAUUUGAUCUUCCCAUGCAAGACUCAACUCAACAGGGGAAAAAACAGUCAAUAGUUUGUCACUAUUGUGGUGAGACUGGGCAUAAAGCAGUUGCUUGUUUGAAGAUGCCACCAGAGUUGAAAGAAGAACAUCGUCAUAACCAUAUACAGAUCAUCCAAAAUAUUAAAGCCCAAUCAGACUUACAGAUGCAAGAGGGGCAGAAGGCAUUUCGACCACUAGAUCAGGUAACGUGCUUCAAAUGUGGAGAAAAAGGUCAUUAUGCAAACAAGUGUCCUAAAGGUCACCUUGCCUUUCUCAGCUCGGCUUUGCAGAGUACCCAACAAUCUGAAGAUAACUGAACAAAUUGAACAGCAUGUAUGGUGGACGAGAGAGUUUGUUCAUAAACCAUUCCUGGGACAAAGAACAUCUUACUUAAGGUUUUUAAUUAUAAUACUGAACAUCAGAGGAAACUCGUUUAUAACUGGUGUAUAAGGUACAUACUGAAGGAAGAAACCAAUUAAAAAAAAAGUGGGUAUUGAAUGUUUCAUUGAUAUGUGGCUUACGUAAAGGAAAUAUGAUUUAUGUUCGUGUGAAUUUUAAAGUCUGUACAGUUGUAUUUCUGUCAUGUCUCCCGUGUAUUUAAAUGAAAGUGAAUAUUUGAAAUAAAGUAUGUUCCAUGUGUA